CGGAAGUCGGGCAAGGGGCGGGGAGGGGCGGGGCAGGGAAGGGGAGGGGAAGGGAGGAGGAGGUGAAUGGUGGCGCUGGUGGUUGUGGGAGGCUGGUGCAGGGACGAGAAAAUCUGCAGGGUGUUGGACGUGGAGGUGGGAAUUGGAGUGGGGGCGGAGCGAGGGAAGCGAGCGAGCAAGCGACGAGGAGGAGGAGGAGGAGGAGUGGCGCAGAGAAGCGGGAAUGUGAUGGAAGUGGGAGCGGUGAGGAAUGUGGCAGAGAUGUAGGAUGAGAGGGCCGGCCUGUAGAUAGGCGACGAGGGCUAUGGCGAGCUCGGUGGUCAUUUAUCACCCGUCCCAUACAGCCAUGCCCCAGAUUGGAGUGCAGGGGACCUCGCGCGGUUCGUCGUCGCCUCUCGUAGAGUUCUUAUUUUUUCACAAGGCGAUCCGCGCGGAGUUGGCUAGGCUCCAUGAAGAUGCAUUGGCGGUGGAGCAGGGCAGUGAGACGGAAAUUAGGGCACUCUUGGAUCGUUACCACUUUCUGCGGGCCAUCUACAAGCACCACAGCCGGGCGGAAGAUGAGGUUAUAUUCCCAGCACUCGAUCUCCGGGUUAAGAACGUCGCAAAUGCCUACUCCCUGGAACAUCAAACGGAGAGUCAUCUUUUCGAUCAAAUGUUUUUGCUGCUUACGGCCGCUCUUAAGGAGAAGGGAAGCGCACCAAUGGAGCUGAGGCGAGAGCUUAUCUGCUGUACGGAAGCGAUUCAAACCACGCUCUGUCAACAUCUGUCGAAAGAGGAGGAACAGGUCUUUCCACUUUUGAUGCUCCAUUUCAACUUCCAAGAACAAGCAGACUUGGUCUGGCAGUUUUUAUGCAGCAUUCCUGUCAAUCUCAUGGAAAAAUUCUUGCCGUGGCUUGCUUCUUCACUAACUCAAGAAGAACGCCAAGAGAUGACUGCAUGCUUGGAAGAGAUUGUUCCUGCCGAACAGCUCUUACAGCAGGUUGUAUUCGCUUGGCUAGAAGGUGGAGGAAGUGAGGACGCAGCCAAAGGUGGCGAACUUGUUACCUUAGUAUCUGCGAACGUUAAUCUCCCUUCUCCAAACGACAUUGUGUUGCACGGUCCGCUCAACAGGGCUGUUUUGAUUGAUGAACAAACGUCUCAAGGGACGACUGGAAGUGAAAAUAUCCCCCGAGUGCCACUAGGAACCACGGAACAUACUUCUCAUUUAGGACUUGGAGUGCCAAAUCAGAGUCUUCACACUGGGACAGGAUUGCCCGAACAAUCACGCCUGCAACAUGAAAUGCCAGAUAUUUUUGGAGAGAAAAGCGACAGGAAGCUGUGCGAACCAGAUAUAGGGCUAGAAUUGAACAGAUUACAGCAAGCAAGACCUGUCGUUCGAGCCCCCAUCAAUGAGUUGUACUACUGGCACAAUGCCAUCCGGAAGGAGCUGAAAGAAUUUGCUGAAGAAACCCGUCGGAUACAGGUUGCUGGUAAUCUUUUUCCUGCAGAGUUAUCCUCGUUUGUGGAGCGGCUACAAUUUCUGGCAGAAGUAUGCAUAUUCCAUAGUGCUGCGGAAGACAAAGUUCUUUUUCCUGCCGUUAACAGAAAAGUAAAGCGGGAGCUUCUGUGUGGCGCUGAUCACGCUAGAGAAGAGCGACAAAUUGACGAUGUGAGACGUCUGGUGGAGGGCCUUCAAACUGUCGGAGACACCAGUCCUGUUCCUCCUCAACUUUAUGUGAAGCUUUGUGCUCAGGCUGAGCUGAUGGUGAAAAGUAUCAGCAAGCAUCUCAAGGAUGAGGAAAAAGAGGUCUUACCAUUAGCUCGCAAGCAUUUCAGUGUUGAGGAGCAGCGGACUCUUUUGUAUCAAAGCCUUCGGGUGAUGCCGCUGAAACUUCUGGAACGAGUUUUGCCGUGGUUGGUUGGUGUUUUGAGUGAAGACGAGGCCAAGGAUAUGUUCCAAAAUAUGCGUUUGGCAGCUCCUCAUACAGACAAAGCUUUGGUUACCCUAUUUACUGGUUGGGCAUGUAAAGGUCACCCAAGGAAACUUUCCAGCUCCGGACCCUUCAGAUGUAUAUCCUCCAGAGAAUGUCCAGGGAUGAGCUUGAAGCCGAGAGAGAAGGUAGACAGACGGAAAAUAUCAUCCAGCGGUAAGCAGGUGAUGGAUGAGUCUCUUGACGACCCUCACGUAAGACCACUCAAGCGACUUCGAGGAACCAAGGAAGAGGAAGCAGCUUCCUGCCGGCUGGACACUGAUUCCGUAAGAGGUAAUCAAGGGUGCUCAGGUACUUCUUGCUGUGUUCCCGGCUUAGGCUGCAGUGGCAUCGGUUCCAAAUCAAGCGGAUCUUCGCUACGGUCAAUUACUGUAGGAUCAUCAAGCCCUCUGAUGAGUGGGUCCAUGGGUUCUGGCCUCUUCGGAUGGGGAAGCUCCGGAGCUGGGUCUGGAAGUGACUCCGCACCCAAGCCCAUUGAUCACAUCUUCCAGUUCCAUAAAGCAAUCCGUAAAGACCUGGAAUACCUCGACAUUGAAUCAGCACGUCUUGCUGACUGUACUGAAGAGUUCCUCCGACAUUUUAGUGGGAGGUUUCAGUUUCUUUGGGGACUCUAUCGCGCACACAGUAAUGCAGAAGAUGACAUUGUUUUUCCUGCAUUAGAAGCCAAGGAAGCGCUGCACAAUGUAAGCCAUUCUUAUACAAUUGAUCAUAAACAAGAAGAACAACUUUUGAAGGAUAUAUCUGAUGUGCUAGCUGAACUGUCUUUGCUCCAUAGCUCUGGUCAUACCCACGUCGAUGGAUUAUCACAAAGAGAAGGCGAUCCAGGAAAUGAUCUUGCUGCCAAGGAGGAGAUUGCGCGGCGGCAACGAGAUUUGGCUGGCAAGUUGCAGCGGAUGUGCAAAUCCGUGAGAGUAAGCUUGGAUCAGCAUGUUUCUCGGGAAGAGCUCGAAUUAUGGCCUUUAUUCGGUGUCCACUUCACAGUCGAGGAGCAGGAUAAACUCGUCGGUCAAAUUAUUGGUACGACUGGUGCUGAAGUCUUACAGGCCAUGCUUCCAUGGGUAAACACUGCUCUGACUGAACAAGAGAAAAACACCAUGAUGGAUACUUGGCGACAGGCCACCCGGAAUACUAUGUUUGAUCAGUGGCUGAGUGCUUGGUGGAAAGAUACUCCACAUGAAAAGAAUCCUCAACCCAAAACAGAUCUCGAAGGUAGGGAUGUACCGCCGUCCGGAUCGAACGAGUCUUUGCAAAUAGUGGCUGAUUACUUGGCACACGGCGCUUCCAACAGUCAGGACGUCACGAUGGAGGAAGUUCCUGUUGAGACUUCUGGAAGUCAAGAUUCACAAGCUCAUUCUGAUAGCCUCAGUGAGCGAACACAUAUCGCAGGUAAUGAGGAGAUUGCCGAAGCAGGUUCCGCUGGCGUGGGUACAAGCUCUAGUAGUCAAGAAGUUACAGUGGAUCACCAAGAAAGCAAGAGAAAUUUAGUUGGAGACGGUAGCGAAACUUUCAAACCUGGUUGGAGAGAUAUCUUCAGAAUGAAUCAGAAGGAGUUAGAGGCUGCGAUAAGGAAAGUCUCAAGCGAUACUUCCCUGGAUCCACGACGGAAAGCGUACCUUAUUCAAAAUUUGAUGACAAGUCGUUGGAUUGUUGCCCAACAACAGAUUCCCAACCACCCAGACGGUCAAGCUGGUGAUGAGUUUAAGGAUCCAGGGCAGUGCAUCUCUUAUAACAACGAGGCUAAAGGCAUCUACGGAUGUGAACAUUACAAACGCAACUGCAAAAUAAAAGCAGCUUGUUGCGACUUGCUCUACACUUGUCGAUUCUGUCACGAUAAAGUCAGCGAUCACUCUAUGAACAGACAUGCGACAAAGGAGAUGAUGUGCAUGCAGUGCCUGCAAGUACAGCCCGUAGCUGGAAAGUGUGCAAACCCAUCAUGUAACGGCUACAUUAUGGCGAGAUAUUAUUGCCACAUUUGCAAGUUCUUCGACAAUGAUGACCGAAAUAUCUAUCACUGUCCAUUCUGCAAUCUAUGUCGAGUUGGAAAAGGACUGGGGAAGGACUUUUUUCACUGUAUGAAAUGCAAUGUUUGCAUGCACAUGAGCUUAUCCGUCCAUAAGUGUUUGGAGAAAGGCAUGGAAUCGAACUGCCCAAUAUGUCAUGAUUUUCUGUUCACAUCGAGCUCGCCUGUAAAGGCACUCCCUUGUGGUCACUUCAUGCAUUCAGCGUGUUUCAAGGCAUACACUUGUAGCAACUACACCUGUCCCAUUUGCUGCAAGUCAGUAGGAGACAUGGCGGUGUAUUUUGGGAUGCUCGACGCUCUCCUGGCAGCGGAGCAGCUUCCCGAUGAAUAUCACGAUCGACGGCAGGAUAUUUUGUGCAAUGACUGCGAGAAAAGGGGAACUGCACCAUUCCAUUGGCUUUAUCACAAAUGCGAAGAUUGUGGCUCCUACAACACUAGGACUAUAUAGGAUGCUGCUUAGGAAAGGCGUUCAUCAAUUCAAGCUCGAAGCUUAAAACUUGUACAAAGAAACGCAUGCCUCGUUGUCAAUCUUUUAUUACUCGAGGUAAAGGUCGGAGAUGAGCGUCAACUCGAGUGCAUGCUAGUUUGAGCUAUCCAAGGGCCUGGGUGAACGUCGAUCUCUGUUACAGAAGACCAAUUCUUUCACCCUGUCCAUUAGCCGCUCUUCGGCUUCUGACACAGUGGGAAGUCAGUCAUGCACACUGGUAUUUGAAGAAGUAGAAAAUGGGGCGAGUUCGUAUCUGUAGUACCAUUUUUGGCACAUUAGGUAGGUAACCUGUUGUAUGUAGAGAAUUUUGUAUAAUGAAAACUCAUCCCAGGAGUUUAUCACC